CCCUCGAACGCAAAUACACACAAACAGAACUAAAAGAGUUUGAUCAGUUUGAUCUGAAAGGUUCAGAAAACAUGAAAGCUGUUCACUUGGUCCUUAUUAUUGGCCUCCUGGCUAUGGCAUCUUCUGGUGCCUUGGCUUUUGAUCCAAGCCCUCUUCAAGACUUUUGUGUUGCCAUCAACGAAACCAAGACUGGUGGUGUGUUUGUGAAUGGAAAAUUCUGCAAGGAUCCCAAGCUUGUCUCUGCCAAUGAUUUCUUCUACGGUGGAUUGAAACAAGGAGACACGUCUGGUUCGCUUGGCUCGGCAGUCACUCCAGUUGCUGUAAAUGAAAUACCAGGCCUCAAUACAAUGGGCAUAUCAUUAGCUCGUGUAGAUUUCGCUCCUAAAGGCUUGAACCCUCCACACACUCAUCCUCGGGGAACUGAAAUUCUUGUAGUCUUGGAGGGUACUCUUCUAGUGGGUUUUGUUACAUCUAACCCAGAGAAUCGUUUGUUUACAAAAGUGCUCUAUAAGGGAGAUGUAUUUGUGUUUCCAAUUGGUUUGAUUCACUUCCAACUCAACGUGGGUAAAACAAAUGCUGUUGCCAUUGCUGGUUUGAGCAGUCAGAAUCCUGGAGUCAUUACCAUUGCCAAUGCCGUGUUCAAAUCAAACCCUCCCAUUUCUGAUGAAAUUCUCUCCAAGGCCUUUCAAGUGGACAAGAGCAUAGUUGAUGCUAUUCAAAAAGGAUUAUAGAUAGAAAAUAAUUAAGAGAAAGCACUAGCUAGUCACUCACAUAUUAUAUAUAGUGGUAUCAUUGUUUUGAUCGUUUGUAAUAAUUUGUUUCUGGGUUUGCACUACUACAAUAGUGGAUGGAUCUUUGUUUCUUAUUUUUGAUGUUUAAAUAAAAUAAGCGAUGUAUACACACGUUACGUUAUACAUGCAGUCGUCAGCAGUGCAGUACAUUGAGGGCUAAA